CAAUCAACGCCUCUCUCUUUCAUGAAGAUGGUUGGAACGUAUAAAACGUGACAGGAAGUUUGACUGGUGUCAUGGCAGCGUUCAUUUGUUUCUGCGCUUGGCGUUGGGGUUCUAUUUGAUACAUGGUCAGCCCAUGGUGGCUGGGGAGUCGAUCACGACUGGUGUUUCAAUGGGAGAGGUUUUUUUUUUUUUUUUUUUUCCUUCAAAACUCUGCACGGAUUUUAUACGGACGUUAUCACUAUUACCCGGCUUCAUGAUUUCAAUAGUCACGCAGACUUUGCUUGGCCUAGCAUGGUUUAAGAGCUUUCUGAGUUUUGAUGAAGAAGAUGCAGAAAGUAGGUGUCAAAAAGUCCCACUCAAAACGAAGGCGUGUGUGCCGUUAUAGUGUACUAUUAGUGAUGGAAUGAGUUGGGAAUCAGGCUUCACGCCAGGAAGGCCACCAGCACCUUGAUGCUGCGGAGGCAGUUGAGCCUGGGAAAUGAGAUGUCAAGUG